AUGAACAAUACUGUUCACAUCUAUGCUGAACUCCUUUCAGCCGUCGUUCGCUUCAAUAACUUUAGUACAGUUUUCUACUUUGAUCCUGAGGAUGGAAAGAAGCCCUGUCAUUUGGAGGGCUGGCUGUCAUUGGCAGGAAACACGAUUCCAUUGCUCUUGUGGAGCUCAAUUAAAUCUAUAAAACUGAGCAGCCUUUUCAACACACAGCUACUGGUCGUGGCUUGUCUAUCGGAAGUCUAUCGUGAGGAUUUCUUAAACACCCUUUCGAACACUUUGCGAUAUAUGCGACAGACUAAGCUGCUAAUCGAACUGGUCGCCAAUCAGGAUGUGGAUUUAGCUAGCCGAGUCCUUCAGUUUUGUCUACACAAUCAGAUGCUUAAUGCGGCCCUAAUCUUUGGUGACUUUGGCCAAACCCACACGUUCUUCAGCUAUGAAGCAUUUCCCAAUUUUGUACUAAAUGAUCAAAAAUUUACAAAGGAAUUGCUCAACUUUUAUCCAGAUAAAACAUUCGAUAUGCAUGGCUCAAUGAUACGUGCUAUGCCUGAUCUCUCCGAGCCGAAUACGAUUCUAUAUAGUGAUAAGGAAGGCAAUGCUCGAGUGAUUGGCUACGUUUGGAACUUGGUCGAGGAAUAUGCUCGAAAACAUAAUGCCGGCGUGCAACUUAUCGAUCAGGUGCUGGAGGGCAAGCGCUUGACUCGCAUCCAAUUGUUGGAUAUGGCACGGAAUAAUGUUAUAGAUAUUGGGGCCGCUAUGCAGCCAUUAACUCUGAGUCACUCGGAAGAAUAUCGUGAGUACACAUAUCCGGUACAGGUUGCCAGCUGGUGUACCAUGUUGCCCCUGGAGCCGAUCCUUGAAGUACGCGAAAUGUACGCAUGGAUGAUGCCGGGAGUCACCUUCGGUUUCCUCUCGCUACUUUGGCUAAUCUAUGAGCUACGAAAUGGUCGUUGGCAUCGCCAUAGACGUCUCCUGGCCAUUGGCUGGAAAGUGUUGGCACUUAUGCUCGCUUGCAACGUUCAGGGCAGAUUGAUUACGCUGUUUAUUGCGCCACCCGCAAAGCCAACGAUUUCCAAUUUUGAUGCACUCUCCAAUUCGAGGCUGAGAAUCUUUAGCCUACGCUUCGAGCACAGUUUGUAUGACUUUGACUUGCGCACCCGAUAUGCACCUGCAUUUUACCUGAGCGAUAAGAUUUCGGAGCUGCUGCAGCUGCGAAACUCGAUGAACACCACCUACGCUUACACGGUGACUCAUACAAAGUGGCAGCUGUAUGCGGAACAGCAGACAUCUAGGUUACGGCCCUUGUUCUACUACUCGGAGAACUUUUGCUUGUAUCGGUUUAUGUCCUUUGCCUUGGUCAUGCCAGAGAGCUCGCCACAUCGCAACAACUUUCAUCACUACACCCUACAACUGGGCCAGUCGGGCAUCCUUCAACACUGGGUGCGCAGGAGUUUUUACUACAUGGUGCAGGCGGGCAAACUGCACAGGCAGGACCUCAGCGAACCGAGGCAUUUUAACCCAUUAGCACCGCAGGACCUGCACAUUAUCCUGCGUGCCUACGCAUUGGGCGUACUAAUUAGCUUGACCCUAUUCAUCGUCGAACUGCUCGUAAGUCGAUUCAAAAUUUGGAUGGCAAGUUAG